AAGCGGAUUUCGGUGCGUCAAGAAGUGGUUUUUCGGAAAGCGAGUGAUCGGGCGUGCACAAUCUAAUCUGGGGUGCUCUUCUUGUCCAGAAUUAAGAUAAGCCGGCGAAGAAAGCGAAUAUAAGUGAUAAGGAUUCCAGUGAGUGGCAAUCCAUUUGUGCUCUUCGCUGUUGGUCUUCGUGAUAAGUAGCAGUUAAGCGCACAGCUGGUUCCUGGUUCUGGAACUUUUCUACUUGAAACGAAAAAAAAAACUCAAAUCAUGAGGAAUUUACUAAUCGAUCAGAUUCUGGAAGAUGGAUUCACCGUCAUCGAUGACUUCCUAAGCGCGGAUGAGGUGACUGAAAUGUUGGAAGCGGGCCAAAACCUCCACAAAGAUGCCCCCAAAGAGGAAAGGAAAGUUUUCAGUGCUGCCGUUGGUACUACAGCUAGCCAAAACAAGGACCGAUACUUCAUCGAAAGUGGCAACAAAAUCCGAUAUUUUUUCGAGGAAGGUGCUGUGGGAGAAAAUGGUGAACUGCUGGUGGAUCCCUCGGUGGCACUGAACAAGGUCGGCCACUAUUUGCAUGUGGAUCAUCCGGUCUUUUCGAGAGCCACUUUUUCGAACAGGGUAAAGGAAGUUUGCUGGCAGCUGGGAUUCCGAAAACCGGCCGUCGCCCAAAGCAUGUACAUUUUCAAGAACCCGGGCAUCGGAGGAGAGGUUAAACCUCACCAGGAUGCGACCUAUCUGAGUACCGAACCUAGCACCACUAUUGGAUUCUGGAUUCCGCUGGAAGAUGCGACUCUGCAAAACGGUUGUCUGCAUUUCAUCAAGGGGUCCCACAAGAGUGGAGUUCAUCGAAGAUACAUCCGCAAUCCGGAUUCCGCUUCCGAUGAGCUCCUGGUGUACGAUCGACCGGCUCCCCUCUACCCGCAGUCGAACUUUGUGUCAGCCCCGGUGAAGGCCGGAUCGUUGGUUUUGAUCCACAGCCAGGUUGUGCACCGAAGUGAUGCCAACAGAUCAACUCGUAGCCGACAUGCGUACACCUUCCACGUGAUCGAAACCGAGAAGUGUCAGUACUCCCCGGACAACUGGCUGCAGCCGCCAGCAGAUCAACCCUUUCCGGUGCUCUACGAACGGGACUAAACUCCUCCGGAUGUUUUCUUUUGUUUUUUGUUUUAGCUCGUAAGGACCACUAGGAAGAUAGAUUUUCCUCUGUAACGUGCGGGUAGGGAAUGAAUGUGCCAUAGAUGAUUAUUUUUUUGCUCAUUUACCACUGUUUCAAAUAUAUCUAAAUAUAUACACACACGAAACGUUCAACUGAUAA